AAUGUAACCUUUAUUAAUUUUUACAGUGGAAAUGACAUGAUCAUCAGCUGAACUGUUUUCAUGUUUACUAAUUAGGUUAUUAUUGUUGCAGUGAUCUAAGUCCCAAUUCCCCUCACUAGUUCCUCAUGUGUUUUGUUUCACGAAAGGUAUAAGUUUGCCAAAACUAAGGCAAUUUUGAGAGAGCCAUAGGUCUGAAUAUAGAAUCUUCGGCAACUGACUUCUUUAAACCUCUGUUUUUUUAAUAUGUGAUUAAAAACUGACUAACAGGUCCUAACUCACAGGGAUGUUAGUGAUUGAAUUAGAUUCAAAAUAUAUAUAUAAAUUGCCUGGCAAACUGCGUUAGGUGGUGCUUACCAGGCCCCCAAUAAAUGUCAGCCUCUUUCUUCCCCUUGAAAAUUCAAGCCUUCGGGUUUAGAAUUCCUAUAUCAAUAUUUUUCUCUAGAUUUCUGUUAUAUUCACAUAUCUUAUAUUUGUGACUUAGUGUCCAAAAUUUUUAUAAUAGAAAUAAAUCUCUGGCAAAUAUUAAAAAAAUCCAUCAUUCAUACUUUUUGUCAGCUGCUCCCUCAGAAGCAUCCUUAGAAUAAACAUGCUGCUGUUUAGUGACUAAAGAUGAGUCAAACAAACUCCCGAUCACGAUUUGAGUCUUAACGAGAAUGAAUAGAUGAGAGCAGUUGAGUUUCAUUUUCUGCCUCAUAAAAGGCGAUAAACACUGGUUCUGUAAUUACAUAUUUUUUCUUUAUAUCUGGUAAAUGUGAUUUUGACCUCAACUAUAUACCACACCGACUUAUAUAAAAAACUAAUUGGGCUUAUGCAAUUUAGCAGUUAAAAUAUAUCGGGGUGGGGGACCCAUGCCAGUGGUUAUAUAUGCUAAACCGUGAUUAUACGCUAAAGGAACGGGGAAAUAGAAAUUGUGUUGUUCUGAACAUAAAAAUGAGAGCACAUUAAAGGGAGAGAGGGGUUGUGAUUCUAAAAGGUUGAAAGAAUGCUGCUGCUUAUAGGAAAAUCAAAAGAUAAAAUGAAUGUCUUCUGUAUAGAUACUUUAUGAAUGGCUGAUUACUACAUUUUUAAUUUUGAAAAUAUGUUAAAAAUGUAAUUAAGAUAAUAUCAAAGUAUGCAUUUGUUUUGGUAGACGUGAAGUUUCAUGAAAAUGAGGGUGUCAUAGGUUGAAUUGUGUCUUCCAAAAAGGUAUGUACAAGCACAAGCUUAGCUACUGAAACUCCAGGGUGUGGCCUUGUUUCCAUAUAAGGAAAUGUAAUUAGUUAAGAUAGGGUCUUUUUAUAAAAGGGAAGGCUGGGAGUGUCUCUCUUCCCCUUUUGAGAGUGUUUCUCUAGCAAUGUUUUACUCUGAGUCUUUGGAAUGUAAACGAAUCUUUCUAUAAAAAAGAUAAGCCCAUUUGUCUUCAGGUCCAGGGCCUCAGCCUCCUUUGAAAUGUUGACACCUCCAGGGUUUAGUAGACCUCUCUAGAGUUCUCACAACUUAAAUAGUUAUAACUUAAUUCCUACUUGCAGUCAGUCCAGAACCCCAAAUUUCAGUAAGAUUUGCCCUGAAAGCUCUAAAUGUGCAGGAACAUAAAAACAUUUGCUCUACGUCCCACAGAGGGGUGUUGCAUUAUGAUAAUGAGUCAGUCGUCAAGAAGAUGUAACAGCUAUACAUUUGUCUAUAACGAAUAACAGAACUACAAAAUACACAAAAGCAAAAAAAAAAAAAAACAGACCAAAAGGAAGAAAUAGACAAUAGACAAUUCGACAAUCAUGAUCAGGGAUUUUAAUGCACUUCAGCAUUGAUACAGCAACUAGGUUUUUCAAAAAUCUUCAAGGCAGAAAAAUCCGAACAGCUACAUGUAAGAACAUUGCUGACUUUCCUCUGAGAAAACCAGCGCUGAAUAAGAAUACCUCUUUCCUUAGCUCUUAACACUGUGAUACAUAAUAUUUUUAAUUGUUUUUAUUAUUUAUUCAUCCAAUAGGCAAAACCAUGGUACUUGUACUUACUUGCAUUUCAUCAGUCGCUAAGUGAUGGACCAUUUUCGCAUAUACUUAUCAUUUGGUUUUUUUCUUUGUUUGAAGUACAUGGAUAAUUUCAGGUGUGUUUCUGUAUUGUCGUGGCCUUUUUGUAAUGUUUUAUCUUGCCACUAUUUCCCCCUCGUCGUUAUCUUUUAAACCAUCUUUCUUAUGUUCUUUAACUUAUCAAAGUUCGAAUGUUUGUGUAGUCAAAUCCACCAGUUUUGUUUUUCCUUUGGUUUCUCUAACUUCUUUUUUUGUGAUCGUAGUUAAGACUUACAGUCUGUACAGGGCAUUAUCCCGUUUAAACUCUUACCUUGUAAAACCGAGGUACUCUCUGCAACCAACGAAGCAUUGAAAUGGGCCAGGUGAUAUAAUUUCUGUCUGUGACGUUCUUACAACCUAGACUGCCAGUUAAAGCAUUCAGUACAGCAUUAUCCUAUCUCUGUGCAAUUUCAACGCAUGCCAUGCUUUGGUUCUCAGAUCGUUCCUAAUUUCACGAGGCGGAUCCAGACCAAAAUCAAAGACCUUCUGCAGCAGAUGGAGGAGGGGCUGAAGACAGCCGACCCGCACGACCGCUCUGCUUACACGGGGUGGACGGGCAUAGCUCUUCUGUACCUGCAGCUGUACCGGGUCACAUGCGACCAGGCCCACCUGCUGCGGUCCCUGGACUACGUGAAGAGGACGCUCCGGAAUCUGAGUGGCCGCAAGGUGGCCUUCCUCUGCGGAGAUGCCGGGCCGCUUGCCGUGGGCGCUGUGGUGUACCACAGGCUGAAGAGCGACUGCGAGGCCCAGGAGUGCGUCACGAAGCUUCUGCAGCUGCAGAGAACGGUCGUCUGCGGAGAUUCCGACCUCCCCGACGAGCUGCUGUACGGCCGGGCGGGCUACCUGUACGCCCUGCUCUACCUGAACACGGAGAUCGGCCCGGGCACCGUGUGCCAGUCGGCCGUUAAUGAGGUCGUCGCUGCCAUCAUCGAAUCGGGCAAGGCUUUGUCGAGGGAAGAAAGGAAGAGCGAGCGCUGUCCCCUCUUGUACCAGUGGCACCGGAAGCAGUAUGUUGGAGCGGCCCAUGGCAUGGCCGGGAUCUACUACAUGCUGAUGCAGCCAGCAGCAAACGUGGACCCCGACACCUUGACAGAAAUGGUGAAACCCAGCAUCGAUUACCUGCGCCACAAAAGGUUCCGGUCUGGGAAUUACCCGUCGUCACUGAGCAACGAAACAGACCGCCUGGUGCACUGGUGUCACGGGGCCCCGGGCGUCAUCCACAUGCUGAUGCAGGCCUACCAGGUGUUUAAGGAGGAGAAGUACUUGAAAGAUGCCAUGGAGUGCAGCGACGUGAUUUGGCAGCGAGGUCUGCUGCGGAAGGGCUACGGGGUCUGCCACGGGACGGCCGGGAACGGCUACUCCUUCCUGUCCCUCUACCGCCUCACCCAGGAUAAAAAGUACCUGUACCGGGCCUGCAAGUUUGCGGAGUGGUGUCUGGAAUAUGGAGCCCACGGGUGCCGCAUCCCUGACAGGCCCUACUCUCUCUUUGAAGGCAUGGCUGGCACCAUCCACUUUCUCUCCGAUGUCCUGGUACCAGAGACAUCACGGUUUCCAGCGUUUGAACUUGGCUCUUCGCAGAUGGAUAAAAAGGUGUUGGCUCUUCUGAGCGGAAGGCCCUUCUCCCCACGAGCCUCGCUGCCCCGGGGGCAGGGCGGCCGCCACUUCUGUGAGACCGUCUUAGGCUGACUCGUGAAAUAGUCAGGUGGCAUCUCGUGUAGCAGAAGGACUCUCCAGGGGACAUCCCGGUGACAGCACUUUCUCAGCAUGAGCGUGAGGGAGAGACCACGCUAAAAACUGGGAAGAAACCCAACAGAUAAGGGGGCGUCAGCUGGCAUGCUUGGGGGGGAGCCUUUCCACAAGGCCAGAGAACACGCCUCUGCUUUGUGCUCACCUGAGUGUUUUUAAGCCAAAUGGGGUCCAUCAUGGCUCCCCUGAGGCUCCCCGUUCCCAGCCGAGGUUCCAGGCUCUUCGUGUGACAUUCCAGAGGCUCCUGGUCUGAGAUGGUGGGCGCCUGGCGACAGGACUUCAUGACUGCGAGGGCAGUGUCCCAGACCACGUCCUGAAUCGGGUCGCAGUGGCCAAGCACCGGCAGGUCCAGAUGUGGCUCGUGUGACCAAGCAGACGGCACCUCCGCUUCAUCACGUCACAGCUUACUGUCUCAGGCUCAGUGGGUAGAAUUCCAGAAGCGUCAUCAGCAGAAAAACUCAGCUGUUCCCACGUUGCGAGUAAACUUUGUUCAAAAGUUGGUCAGUUAUCAAAGUAAAAGUUUGGGAUUGAUACGGUUCUUAUGUUUUGUGCACUAUUCGGAUGAUAAAAAUCUCACAUUUGAUGAA